AAGUUGUCACAAGAUUAUUCUGAGUCUGAGCUAAAAAAUAGUUUAUUAGCCCUAAAAAAUGACGAUAAAUGAAGAAAACUUGGACCAAAUAUGCCAAACAUUAGACAAACUCGCCCUAGAUGCCUUAACACUUAUUCAAGAAGAAAUAGAAAUAAAAAUUAACGCUGAAAACGCCAUGAUAGGGGGUGAAAAUCAUCUAGCUAAAACCAGGUACAUUUUAGGACAAAACAGUGUAUCAAGCCUGCAACUACCAACAGAAAACUCCAAUGCAAAAGCUCUCACAAAAGUGCAUACAAUCACAGACAAUUAUGGACUCAACCAAUUUGAUUUGGAAUCAAAUAAGCCCGAUAAUGAGGAGUUUAUUAACCCUAUAAAGUGGUUUGGGUUUAUGCCACCACAAAACUUACAUUUCGCGCAAAAUUUGUACAGGCAGGCUCUGCAGUGGAUUAUACAGGCAGCAAACGUACAAAAUAAAUUGUGCAAGACGCAGGAACAAAUAAUGCAGUUAAAGGAGUUGAAAAAGGAGAUUUUGACUAGAGAGAAGUAGCUUAAUAAUUAGUAUUAAAUAUAUCUUUCAAAAAUAAAA